GCUAAUGAGCCUCAUUUUGAAAAAGAGCAAAAUAAGUUGGUGCCUGCAACUAUGGAGAUCAGUUAUGACAAGCCGGUCGUGUUGACAACUGAUUAUGGUAAAAAGGUGCAAAAGAAUAACCAAGAUUGUGCAUGCAAAUGA